GAGUUAUACUUCCCCUGUUCCCCACACCUCCCUCUUUGACCAAUCUGUGUUCAGUGCACUCUCUCAAAAUCUCCCUCCUCUAAGAAAUAAUGGCGAGGAAAUGGAUGGCAUAAACCCAGAAACUUGCACUUUCAAAUACCUGCAUCUUUUCAUUUCUGUAAACUCUCGUAUUAUUCCCUCAGAUCGAAUCUCACUCUUUUAAUUACUUCAACUCAAAUCAAUAAUAACCCUUUACACCCAAGUUUGAAUCUUUCUUCUCUAAUUGAUUCCUCAAAAUACUCUUGUUUGUUCUUUAGUUUCUCUUGAAACUGAUUCUGGGUUUCUGGGGUGAAGCUUUUAGGAUUAAAAAAAUGGCGGUUCCAGUUGUAACAUUUCCAAUUUACACGGUGAUUAGAUUGAUUGGAAUCACAGUGGCUGCACUUGUUUUCAUUUGGACUCUUCAUUAUAGAGGUGGCCUUGCUCUCAUCUCUGAAAAUAAAGCUCUCAUCUUUAAUGUUCAUCCUGUUUUGAUGGUCAUUAGCCUUGUAUUGCUAAAUGGAGAAGCCAUGCUGGCAUACAAAACGGUUCCAGGAACAAAAGCCUUCAAAAAGCUGGUCCAUCUCGUCUUGCAGUUCCUCGCUUUCCUCUUAGCUAUUAUUGGUGUUUGGGCUGCUUGGAAGUUCCACAUUGAUAAGGGCAUUGACAACUUCUACAGUCUCCAUUCAUGGCUUGGUCUUCUCUGUCUUUUCCUGUUUACUCUCCAGUGGGCUGCUGGAUUUACAACAUUCUGGUACCCUGGUGGCUCAAGGAACAGCAGAGCUUUCGUGCUUCCGUGGCAUGCUUUCCUCGGCGUCUAUAUCUACGCGCUUGCAAUAGUUACAACUGUGACUGGUAUCUUAGAGAAAGCUACGUUCCUGCAAACUAGCCAUAUUAUAUCUCGAUAUUCCACUGAAGCUUUGCUGGUUAACUCUUUGGGUAUCUUGAUAGUGAUCCUCGGAGGUUUCGUUAUUCUGGCUCUUAUUGCACCCUUGAAUGGCAAAGGUGAAAUUCCCCGAACUGCAGAGUGACUUUAACAUUUGCAAACUAGGGCUGCAUCUUCUGAUCACUUCAACAUAUAACAUUUACAUAUUCAUGGGAAUUUCAUUUGAACAUUGUUAACCCUUGAUUUGAAUAUGAGAUAAAUGAUUAUAAUUCUUGAGAAUUUAUAGUAACCAAUUCAGUUAUAGAA